CGGCGCUGGCUCCUCUCGGUUAGUGGGGUUUCGCCUUUAUGGUGGGGGAGUCAGCCGCGGUUGUGGUGAGUUCCGCCUGCUUGGCGGUUCGGUAGAUGGCAGGGGGCAGCAAAGGAAUGAUUGCGCGCCGUCGCGCAGGAGCCUCCCGCAUCCGGUUCAUUUCGUUCGUUUCUCCGGGUCCCUGCUCAGCCAGUUCCGAGAGGCUGCACACUCUCAGCUCACUUGAACCUCUGCAACCUUUGCCUCCUGGGUCAAGCAGUUCUCCUGCCUCAGCCUUCCGAGUACCUGGGAUUACAGGGUUUUUUUCCAGGGAACCAAUCUGCCCUUUUGAAGAAAAGACAAAGGUAGAAGGGAUGGUGGAGGACUACCUGGCAAAUGGUUAUCAGGAUUCAGUGACCUUUGAUGAUGUGGCUGUGGACUUCACCCCGGAGGAGUGGGCUUUACUGGACACAACUGAGAAAUACCUUUACAGAGAUGUGAUGCUGGAGAACUACAUGAACCUGGCCUCCGUGGACAAGAGGCUACAGUGGAUGGAAACUCUGUGACUGUAAGAAUUGUGGAGAGGUCUUCAGUGAACAGUUUUGCCUUAAGACACACAUGAGAGCUCAGAAUGGAGGGAACACUUCUGAGGGUAAUUGUUAUGGAAAAGACGUCCUCAGUGUGCACAAGGAAGCCUCUAUUGGACAGGAACUUUCCAAAUUUAAUCCAUGUGGAAAAGUCUUCACCCUAACUCCAGGCCUUGCUGUACAUCUUGAAGUUCUCAAUGCAAGACAACCAUACAAAUGUAAGGAAUGUGGAAAAGGCUUUAAGUAUUUUGCGAGCCUUGAUAAUCACAUGGGAAUUCACACUGAUGAGAAACUCUGUGAAUUUCAGGAAUGUGAGAG